AUGGAAAUGCCUAGAAGCAAAUUGAGUGUAUAUAAAAUUAUUUCAAUUAAUCUUAAAUUUAAAAGCGCCUUGGUAUAUAUAACAAAGGUAUUUAAUCAAUUAUUAUUUUUGAGGUUGCGCACUAAAUUAAUUGUAUAAAUAAUAAGUAGCAAUAGAGUGUUGUGAUAAAGUUAUUUGAAUUAACCCAAAAAAAAUUAAUUUCUGGUUAAAUAAAGGUAAAUUAUAUUAAAAUUAAGGUUAAGCUCUAUUUUUAUAAAGUAAUAUACUAAUACAUACAUUAUAGUAAUUUAAAGAUGCUAAUUUAUGUUUUGAUUUUACUCUUUCAAUUUGA